GAGUAUGUCGCUCAGCCUGUCGUCGGCAAGCAGCAUGCCUCCCAACAAGAGAAAGACAUUUUUUCACCUUCCUCGAGAGCUGCGGGACAUGAUUUACCGGUUCUACGUCGUGUCCGACGGAGGCUAUGUCCUGAAUCCCGAAUCCAAUAGACUCAGAGAUGCCAUGGGCAGACCAAUCGACCUGGCUCUUUCGUACAGUGCAAACGUGCUGCCGACGAAAUGAGGGGCCUUGCCCUGUCGGUGAACACCAUCACCGUUUCAACCUUUUACUCGCCAGACGAACGCCACAAAGCUAGAGACUUUGACCUCGUCAUGAUGAUUCUGAAUGAAG